AGGACAGGGUAGACAGCACCACAGGAUGCUGAUUGGUGUUCCCAGAUCUGAGCGUGCAAAACAAUACUUCAAACUUUGACCAUAUAUCUGAACCAGUAAUCUACACUUACAACUCUUCACUCUCAAGCUUUCACAACAUCAUACCUUUCAUUUACAAUCUCACCACCGUAAGCAACCAACCAAUGGCUGAACUCGUGCUUUCUGCCCUCCUCCCUGUUCUCUUUGAGAAGCUGACUGAUGCAGCUUUCAAAACCAUUGCUCGCCACAAGGGGAUUGAUGCUGAGAUCAAGAAAUUGCAGAAAUCAUUAAUCUCCAUCCAACUUUAUCUUACUCAUGCUUCUCAGAUGGAGAUAACUGAUCCACCUGUGAAACAGCGACUGAAUGAUCUCCAGCAUCUGGCUUAUGACAUUGAGGACCUCCUCGAUGGUUGGGCAACCGACGCUAUGGACCCUGAGUUCAAGCAAGAGUCAGAAGGCAUCACCAGCAAGGUAAGAAAGCUAAUCACCCCAACUUGUUGCACAACUUUCUCACGGACUACUACUAUGAUUGCCGAGUUAGAUGAUAUUUCCACCAAACUACAAGAUCUAGUUAAGGAGAAAGAUAACCUUGGUUUAGAUAAUCUUGGCUUGAAAGCGGAAGAGGAAGCUAGGCCAAGAAUUAUUAAUAACAGAAGAUUACAAACCUCUGUUGUCAACCCAUAUAGUAUUGUUGGGCGCCAAGCUCACAAAGAUGCACUGGUUCAACAGCUAUUGUUACCGGCUGAUGAACCAUGUGAUCAAAACUAUAGCAUUGUUCCCAUAAUUGGCAUGGGUGGAGUUGGGAAAACUACUCUCGCUAGACUUGUCUAUGAUGAACAACAGGUCAAGGAUCACUUUGAUCUAAAAGCAUGGGUUUGUGUCUCUGAUGAGUUUGAUACCGUUCGUAUAAGCAAAGAGAUCUUUCAAUCUAUGGCAAACAAGGAAGUUUCAGAUUUUAAUCGGCUUCAAGAAGCUCUUAAAGAUCAUGUAAAGGGUAAAAAGUUUCUGUUGGUACUAGAUGAUAUAUGGAGCGAAAGUUAUGAGGAUUGGGAAACCCUCAUCAAACCGUUGUAUACAUGUGCUCCUGGAAGUAUGAUCAUCAUAACAACACGGAAGGAUCAAUUGCUCAAACAGUUGGUUUACAAUCCUCUACACAAGCCUCUACACAGCCUCUCAGAUGAUGACGCUUUGUCUUUACUUGCUCGAAAUGCGUUAGGUGUAGAUAACUUUGAUUCACAUUUGUCGCUUAUACCAUAUGCCCAAGGUAUUGUGAAAAAAUGUGGAGCAUUACCUUUAGCUUUAAUAGCACUUGGUAGAUUGUUGAGAACAAAAAAAGAUGAAGCAGAGCAUUGGAUCAAUGUGUCAAACAGUGACAUAUGGAGAUUAAAAGUUAAGGGUGGAAUUCUCCCGGCCCUAAGACUAAGCUACGAUGAUCUUUCGGUACCAUUGAAGCGGUUGUUUGCAUACUGCUCCUUGUUUCCCAAGGACUACCUGUUUAACAAGGAGGAUCUGGUUUUAUUAUGGAUGUCAGAAGGGUUGUUGUGCCAGCCAACUCUGAUCGACUCAACAGAAGAACUACAAUUGGGUCACGAAUUCUUUGAUGAGUUGUUGUCAAGGUCAUUUUUUCAACAUGCACCUAAUAAUGAAUCAUUAUUUGUGAUGCAUGACCUCAUGAAUGACUUGGCGACAUCUGUUGCUACCGAGUUUUAUUUAAGGUUAGACAACGAGUCAGAGAAGAAUAUUAAGAAGAUGAAGCUAGACAAGUACCGCCAUAUGUCAUAUGUUAAGGAAAAAUAUGUAGCUUACAAGAAGCUCCAGGUACUUGAAAACACCAAAUGUCUAAGGACAUUCUUGGCAACAUCUGUUGGGGAGGUGGAACGUGGGCGGGAAUUUUACUUAUCCAAUAAGAUUCUGACCGGCUUGCUUCCUAAGUUACCAUUAUUAAGGGUUCUAAGUUUGAGUGGCUUUGAAAUAAGUGAGUUACCGGAGUCCAUUGGUACUUUGAGGCACUUGAGAUAUCUUAAUCUAUCUCAAACUCAUAUCACACAUUUACCGGGAAAGGUUUGCAAUCUUGUUAAUUUACAAACGUUGAUCCUGUUUGGUUGUGAUGAAUUAACUGAGUUGCCCAACAACUUCCUAAAUCUGAAGAACCUGCAACAUCUUGACGUUAGGACACCCUGCUUUCAUUUCAGAUGCUGUUAGAGAUUAGCAAGUUGAAAAGCCUACAAGUUACUCUCUCGAAAAUCGAUAUCGAAAGUGAAAGCGGAACUGAAAUAGCCAAACUUAAAGACUUUAAGAAUCUAUAUGAAAAAAUUUCCGUUAAAGGUUUGGA